AUGACAGAGGAACAAGAAUGGAAUCUGCCAGCCGUAACUUACGGUUGGGUUGGAGUAGGUGUAAUGGGCUACCCAAUGGCACAAAACCUCCGUCGUCGAAUACCAAAACAGUCCAAGCUCAUCAUCAACGAGAUCAAUGACUCAGCUGUCAAAAAAUUCCUUGCCGAGACACAACCCAACGAGAACAUCUCAAGCGUCGGCACAGCCAAAGAAAUAGCUCAACAAGCCGAUAUCAUCCUGACCAUGCUCCCUGUCGGCCGUCACGUCCGCCAGGUCUUCACAGAUCCGUCUACUGGUCUCCUCGCUGGCGUUCCGGACUCCUCUCAACGUAAGAUACUCUUCAUGGAAUGCAGCACCAUCGACGUCGCAACCAGCAACUCCAUGAACGACCUCGUCACCUCGAAAGGACACUCCUUCGUUGACGCCCCCGUCAGCGGUGGCUACAACGGCGCCGUCGCCGGGACCCUGACCUUCAUGAUCGGCGGCUCCGACUCCCUCUUCAACCAAGUCCGCCCCCUCGCCGAAACAAUGGGCAAGAAACAAAACAUUUACCACUGCGGCAAACAGGGUGCCGGCCUCGCAACAAAGCAAAUAAACAAUUAUCUCGGCUUCGUGUCUAUGCUUGGCGUUUCCGAAGCCUUCAAUAUGGGCCGCCUUUACGGCCUCAAUCCCAAAACUCUCGCGAGUGUCAUCAACGUCAGCACGGGACGAUGCUAUAAUUCCAGCUCAGAGAAUCCCGUCAAGGGCGUCACUGAGAAUGCAUCAACGAGUAAAGAUUUCGAGGGCGGGUUCAGUAUCGAGCUGUGCAAAGGCGUGGUAGAAAUGGCACUGCAGCUCGGCGAGCAGGUCGGGGCGAAGAGCGUGCUACGAGAUACGGUACUCAAGGUAUUGGCGGAAGCAAACGAGGAUCCAAGGGUCAAGGGGAAGGAUUACAGGAGCAUCUACUUGCAUAUUGCGGAUAUCGAGCAGACGGAGAAUCAUGUAUGA